AUGGCGCGACGAAAAGCAAAGACUACGACAGCUGAGCAACCAAAACACAACAAGAGUGAGUCGAAGAAAUUGGAAGAAGAAGUAGUGACGCUCUUAGCUUCAGAAGCCCCAAAUAAGAAAUGGAGAAACUGGUGGAUUAGAACAAUAACAACCUUGAUCAUGAUCAGCAUGUUCUUUAUUGUGCUUGCCUCGGGAUACAUUUGGUCUAUUAUUAUGGUGAUGAUCAUUACAGUGUUGGUAUAUAGAGAAGUCAUUCAAAUUGCUUCUACUAAAGGCAACUUACGCUGGUACAAGACGCUGAGUUGGUACUAUUUGAUUGCUGCUGAAUAUUUUCUAUCUGGUGAAUCUAUUAUCUAUUACUUUAAGGAAAUUGUCAUGGUAGAUGCCUUUUUAUUACCUUUUGCUACACAUCAUCGAUUUAUUAGCUUCACUUUAUACGUCAUUGGUUUCGUAUUGUUUGUGACGAACCUCAAGAAGGGACACUACAGGCAGCAGAUGUCACAGUUCGGAUGGACUCAUAUGGCCAUUUUUUUGAUCGUAUUCCAAGCACAUUUUAUUGUUGAUAAUAUUCUCGAAGGCUUGAUUUGGUUUGUUAUGCCAGCUGCACUUGUUGUCUGUAAUGACACCUUUGCUUAUAUCUGUGGAUUCUUUUGGGGCAAGACGCCACUCAUACAAUUAUCGCCCAAAAAGACAGUUGAAGGAUUUAUCGGUGGUCUCGUGUUCACGCUCAUCUUUGGCUUCUUGAUUACCACAGUGCUUAUAAGAUUUGAUUAUAUGAUAUGCCCCGUUCAGGACCUUGGGGCCUCUGCAUGGUCUGAUAUAUCCUGUGAGCCAAAGAAUCCCGUAUUUACUGCUGCUCCUUGGCAUUUACCGCCCAUGAUUCGAUAUGUUGUUAAAUAUUUGCUUUUUACAGAUGUAUCAGAGAUCUACAUUGCACCCAUUCAACUACACACUCUUGUCAUGGCUUGCUUUGCAUCUCUUAUCGCACCCUUUGGAGGCUUCUUUGCUAGUGCAGUAAAGCGAGCAUUCAAGAUUAAAGAUUUUGGACAGAGCAUACCUGGUCACGGUGGUUUGACGGAUAGGAUGGAUUGUCAAUUUUUGAUGGGUUUAUUUGCUUACAUGUAUUACCACAGCUUUAUCAAGAUGUAUAACGUAUCUGUUGGUACAAUCUUGGCUUUGGUCAUCAAUAAUCUAACACCCAAGGAACAAUUAGAGUUGCUCGGAAGACUUCAAAUGUACAUAGACAAUCAGGGUCAGUUAUCCAGUCAGAUUGAUUCGGUCAUCUCAAAGGCGCAGACGCUAUUAACAGGCGUACAGUAA